AUGACAAGUGUACGAGGACAGGGUUAUGAUGGGGCAAGUAAUAUGCGUGGUGAAUUUGGUGGACUUAAAACAUUGGUUUUGAAUGAAAAUAGGUCAGCUUAUUAUGUUCAUUGUUUUUCCCAUCAGUUACAAUUAACACUUGAAGGAACUUCUAAGAAUCAUGUUGAUGUAAUUUGGUUCUUUGAUGUCGUUUCUGAUAUACUCAAUGUUGUUGGAUCUUCUUGUAAGAGGCAAGAUAUUCUUCGAGAAAAACGUGCCAUGAGAGUUGCAGAGCAAAUAAAUAAUGGUGAGAUUGAAACUGGAAAGGGGUUAAACCAAGAACUUGGUCUAAAAAGACCGGGGGAAACAAGGUGGGGAUCUCAUUAUAAAUCAUUGUUGAAUUUGAUUGAGUUGUACCCAGAUGUGAUUGAUGUAUUGGAUUUCAUUUAUAGUGAUGCUUCUUUUUCGGGACAUAGAAAGAAUGCACGUGGUCUUAUGGUUUCAUUACACUCAUUUGAUUUUGCAUUCAUACUGCACCUCAUGUUUGAUAUUUUGGGUAUCACAAAUGAGUUAUCAUUAGCAUUGCAAACGGAGGAUCAAGAUAUUAUCAAUGCAAUGGAUUUGGUCGGAGCAUCCAAGCAACGCCUCCAAUUGAUGAGAGAUGAUGAGUUUGAGGAUUUGUUAGAAAAGGUAAAUAAGUUUUGUUAUGGUCAUGAUAUUGAUGUUCCUAACAUGAAUGAUUUUUAUAUGACUCCAGGAAGACCAAAGAGAAAUUCUCCAAAAAUCACUUAUGAACAUCACUAUCGUGUAGAGGUGUUUUAUGCUACUAUCGAUUUACAACUUCAAGAGCUUAACAAUCGUUUCAAUGAAAUCAAUACGGAGUUGCUCCGUUGUGUGGCUUGCUUGUGUCCUAAGAACUCAUUCCAUAAUUUUGAUGUGGUGAAAUUGGUAAGAAUGGCAGAACUAUAUCCCUAUGAUUUUGAUUCAAAUGAUAUUAGGGGAAUUUCUUCUGAGUUGAGAAACUUUAUCAUUGAUGUGCGACAACGUGAUGAGUUUCAAGGGAAAUAUGUGAUAUAUCCAUCGGUAAAUAUUCUCAUAAAGCUAGCAUUGCUUUUACCAGUUGCGACUGCAAGUGUGGAAAGAGCCUUUUCUGCCAUGAAAUAUGUGAAGUCCGAAUUGCGUAAGAUGGGUGAUCAAUUUUUGAAUUAUUGUUUGGUGGCAUACAUUGAAAGGGAUAUUUGUGAGACUAUUUCCAAUGAAACUGUUAUGUACCACUUUCAAAAUAUGAAACCUCGUCGAGGGAAACUACCUUAG